GCUAUAAAUAAGGCUGUACAUAAGAUGUGCUGCUCAAUCUAAAGGCGUGGUUGCUUGCAGGUGGACCGCUGCUGUUCUCCAUCGCGACUCUUUACAAGCAAGACUUUUCACCUCCGAGGAACUAAAACAACGCAAACAUGCCUAAAUGCCCCAAGUGCGAAAAGGAAGUGUACUUUGCGGAGAGAGUAUCAUCGCUUGGCAAAGACUGGCAUAGACCCUGUCUGAAGUGCGAGAAAUGCAGCAAGACCCUGUCGCCUGGCUCACACGCAGAGCAUGAUGGGAAGCCCUAUUGUAACAACCCAUGCUACUCUGCACUCUUUGGACCCAAAGGGUUUGGACGUGGUGGCGCUGAGAGCCACACAUUCAAAUAGAACAUUUUAAAGGUUUACACCCUCUAAAAACAUGUUUUCAGAGGCAUGGAUGCCACUAUUUUUAUCCACAUAUUGUUAAACCAAAGAAAAAAUUGACCAAGCCAUGUCAUGUUUUAGAAAAUACUAAUUUGUAUAAUCUGUUUUAAAAUGUUGUCUGCUAGCAGCAUAGAAUAAUGUCAUUGGGGGUUGUUCAAAAACCCUUUUUUCAAUUGAACUGAAUAUUAUAUACAUUAAAUGUAUGUUUGAAACUA